AUGAGGGGGGAGGAGGCGGUGACCACGGUGGCGAUGCACGAGGCGGGCCGCGACGGCGAGCAGCCUCUGCCGCCCGCAGGCCUGGGAUGCGGGGCGCGCGGGGAGACCGGAGGCCGCGGCCCCCAGGAGUCCCGGAAGCAGUUGGCCCUGGAAGGGAUUUGGAGCAUUGAAAGGAAUCUCCCUGUGGGAGGCUUGAAGCCAGGACUGCCGAGCAGAAACAGUUUACUGCCACAAGCCAAGGACUAUUCGAGGCAAGGAGGGCUAUGA